UGUCCACAGUGGAACAUCCAAAGAAGUCAUCAGUGAGACACAGAGGACAGGAGGGACAGACGAGGAGUGAAGCGCCUGUCAUUUAACAUAAACCUGCUUCUGCUUCUGCUUCUUCUUCGUCUUCUUCUUCUCACUGUGGUUGAAAGGAGCAUCUUGUAGCCGCUGAGACCUGGACCUGGACCUGGACCAUGAAGCUGAGCGUGGCCCUGUUUUUCGCCGGCCUGUUCGGGGCGUUGGCAGCUGUGUUCAUUCUCCUCUCUUUUGGAACUGAUUACUGGCUGCUCGCCUCAGAACGCUGCCACACACGUCCACAAGGAACUGUUGGCCCCGGCGCUGUGAGUAUAGAGCGCGGAGACGUGGUGAUGCACGAGGACCAGGACGUCGUCGUUCUCUACCACGAGGGCUUUUUCUGGAGGUGUUCGUUUGAAGCCGACACGGACGACGACGGCCUGAUAUGGAGACUGUGGUUCACCAAUCAGCCUCACUCUAAAGUGUGCAUGCACUCCUACCUCUUCCCAUUCCCCGUGUCCCAUCAGAGCCACAACGCCACCGAGUACGAUUCUGCGAUCAUAUACAGAGGCUUCUGGAGCAUCUUCAUGCUGAUUGGUGUGGCGGCCGUGAUCCUCGGCGGGUUCUUCAUCAUCUGUGCUGCUCCGUUCGCCAGCCACUGUCUGUACAAAGCAGGAGGUGGACUCUUCCUGUUGUCUGGUUUCUUCCUGCUGUGCGUGGUGGUGAUGUACGUCGUGUGGGUCCAGGUGCUGGACGUGGUGGACGUCUACGUCGAGUACCAGCGCUCGGUGUGUCCAGACUUCCGUCUGUCCCUCAGCUACGGUUUGUCCUUCAUGUUUGCCCCCAUUGGCAUCUUCUUCUGCCUGCUGUCCGGCCUCCUCUUCCUCCUCAUCGGCCGAACCAUCAAGAUUCACUGCAACUGACCCCGAGGUCGUUAGAGGUUUUUAUUAUUAUCUUUUUGUUAUUUUUGCCGCUGCUUUAACUUUGCGCAGAUAUUAAAAAAUUAAAAUUCAGUCGAUAAAGCAAAAACAAAAGCCAUGUGCGUAAUGGGAAGCAUACACUAAGAUGGCAUGAUUAUUUUUUUAUAUAUAAGCUAAUGAGAGGCAGUGUUUGUGGAAGGAAAACAAGGCCAGCAGCCUUUUUUUUUGUUUUUAGAUAAAAUUAUAAGACUUUUUGUUGUUUUUAUGAAGGAAAAACAACAGUAACAAGAGUAUUUCCACAGAUUAUUGUCCAUUGUUGUGUUUUAAAGAAGCACAAAGUGUACACUUCAUUUAACGACAGACUAAAACACGGCUGGUGCUCUUUAUGUGAGUGUUUAUGUGAAUAUAUACAUUAGCACUCAUUAUGAUAAAAGCACAUCCUCACUAAGUGCAACAGUGUGGCUUAUUGAUGCUUAUUUAAGUGGUUUUUUCACAACAUGAUUGUUAAAUCAUAAAAGAUUAUCUUAGACGCAACUUCAUAUUUCCCUGCGUGUGUUACGCUUCAUAUUUUCUGCUUUUUUCUGCAGUAUAAUUGUAUUAUUAUAAUUAUUAUUGUCUGUACAUAGCCUGAAAUGGUGCUGCUGUUUUAAUUUGGGUCAUGUUUUUAACCCACUUUGACCACGUUAUUGGUUCAAUAUGGAGCAUGAAUCACUUUAAUUUAAUGUUGCGUGUACAUGUGAUUUGUUUUGUGUGUCGUGUGUGUGUGUGUUGUGCGACUGUGACAUAAGAUGUUUCUUCUGUGAUUUUUUUUUUUUUCCUAAAAAAAAAAAGAA